AUGGCGCAGGAGAUAGAGCACACACAGCUCUCCGUCCGCGGCCUCAGCCUGCACGUUGCUCAAGUAGGAAAGGAUGAGCUUGGGACGGUGGUGUUCCUUCACGGCUUCCCGGAGAUAUGGUACUCGUGGCGCCUGUCGGGCCAGCCGCCGGAGCACGAGGAGCCCUCCUGGGAGGACCUCGUCGCCGACGUGCUCGCCAUCCUCGACGCCCUCGACAUCCCCAAGGCGUUCGUUGUGGGCAAGGACUUCGGCGCCAUGCCGGCGUACGACUUCGCGCUGCGGCACCCGGGCCGCACCCGCGCCGUGGCGUGCCUGGGCAUCCCCUUCAGCUCCGUGCCCUUCGACUUCGCCGGCACCAUGCCGGAGGGCUUCUACCCGCUGCGGUGGCGCCAGCCGGGGCGGGCGGAGGCGGACUUCGGGCGGUACGACAUCCGGCGCGUGGUGCGCACCAUCUACGUGCUCUUCUCCGGCAGCGAGGUCCCCGUCGCCGAGCAAGGCCAGGAGACCAUGGACCUCGCCGACGGCUCCGCGCCCCUGCCGGAGUGGUUCACGGAGGAGGACCUCGACGUGUACGCCGCGCUCUACGAGAACUCCGGCUUCGGGUUCCCGAUCCGCAUGCCCUACGGGUCCCUGGACAAGAUGGCGACCCAGCUGGACGCCAGGUUCGAGGUGCCGGUGCUGAUGGUGAUGGGGGAGAACGACUACGUGAUGAAGCUGCCGGGGUUCGAGGCCGCCGUGAGGGGCGGCAUGAUGGCCGGCUUCGCGCCUGACCUCAAGGUCGCCUUCGUCCCGGAGGGCAGCCAUUUCGUGCAGGAGCAGUUCCCGGCGCAGGUUAACGAGCUCCUCCUUGGUUUCUUGAAGGACCAUCCGUGA